AUGCAAUUCCGAAGCCAUGCGCUCCCCCGUCGCUUCCACGCCCUGCGCGCUCCAUUGAGCCCCGCCGCCGUACAUGCGUGCCCCGUCAGCGCUUCUUACAGCCCGCCGCGUCGCCUCUACUCGCGCCGUCUCGACUCCCUCGGAGAGCAACAGAACAUCGCCAUCCUCGGCGGCGGCAUCACCGGACUCGCCAGCGCGCAUUACCUAAGGAAGACGCUACGCAAUGCCAAAAUAACAGUAUACGAGGCGAGCCCGCGGCUGGGCGGCUGGCUGCAAUCCCAGCGUGUCGAGGUGCCUGGCGGGAGCGUGCUGUUUGAGCAGGGCCCGCGCACGAUUCGCCAGGCCAACAGCUCGUUAGUGACCACACACCUGGUCCAAGACCUCGGUCUCAUCGAUGAAGUCGUGUACACGUCGAAUACGUCCGCCGCCGCCAGGAACCGCUAUGUAUAUUACCCAGACCACCUCGUGAAGAUGCCAGGCCCGGGAAUGGGUCUCUUCGAGCUGCUCCGCACCGUGCUCUUCGAACCAGCCAUGGCCGGCGCUAUCCCCGCCUUCAUGGGCGAGAUUUUCCGCCCGCCACGCGACAGCGACGUCACCGACGAGAGCUUGGGCACGUUCCUGGAGCGCCGUCUGGGCUCGCGCCAGGUUGCUGACAACCUGGCCUCGGCCGUGAUGCAUGGGAUCUACGCCGGUGACAUCUACCAGCUGAGCGCCAAGUCUUUAAUGCCUUUCCAAUGGUAUAUGGAAGGCAAGUACGGGAGUGUCCUGAAGGGGCUUUACGUCGUCCAACAGGAUAGCUCCGGCACCGUUCCAGUCCCUCAGAGGGAAGCCGAUUUCAUUAAAAGCUUCAUGGAUGCGCCGGCCCUAGAGCGCGACUUUUUGCAGAAGCUUCGCUCAGCCAGCGUCUUUUCUUUCAGGAAUGGAAUCCAAACGCUUGUGAACAGACUCCAUGACAGCUUGCUAGACAAGGAAAACGUCGAGAUCAAGACAGCGACCGAGAUCACUCGAUUGGAGAAGGAUGAGGAGACAGGAAAGAUCAGGAUUCACAACCAAAACGACUCGUCCCCUCAAACGAGCGAUCUGGUUAUCUCUGCCCUGCCUGCCAAGGCUUUGGCGAAGAUUGCAACGGCUGGCCAAACAUCGACCAAUCCUACCAGCUUCUCGGCUUUGUCUAGCAUAUCGUCUGUCAACGUAAUGGUGGUGAAUCUCUUCUUCUCAGACCCGCACAUCCUUCCCACCUCUGGUUUUGGCUACCUGCUUCCCCGCAGCAUACCGUUCGAGCAGAACCCAGAGCGUGCGCUGGGCGUCAUCUUCGACUCAGACGCGGUAGGAGGGCAGGACACAGCCAACGGAACCAAGGUCACGGUGAUGCUUGGCGGCCAUUGGUGGGAUGGAUGGGCGCCCGAAGAUUUGUGCAGCCCGGCAGAAGGCGUGGAGAUGGCGCGCACCGUGCUGGCACGGCACCUGGGCAUCGUGGCCGAGCCGACGGCGACGAACGUCCGCUUGCAUCGGGACGCGAUCCCGCAGUAUAAGGUGGGCCACGAGCAGCGCAUGAAGGACACCCACUACGCGCUCAAGCGCGCGUUCGGCGGCCGGGUGCGCGCGGUGGGCAACUCGUACACGGGCGUUGGCGUCAACGACUGCCUCCGCGCAGCACGGGAUAUAGCGCGCCAGCUGGGCGAUGAGGGGAUCAUGAAUGAUAAGACGGGUCUUGAGCAGUUUGUGGAGCCGACAAAGUGGGUGAGGAUGGGUACGACGGUCCAGUUGGGGCAAAAGAAACAGCUCAACACGGAAGACGAGGGCAAAAGGUAG